CGGAAGGCGCGGCCGGCUGAGGAGCUUCGUAGCCAUUGAAGAAUUUGAUUGGCAGUUUGAAAAAGGCGGUUCUGGUUGAGGUGGAGGUGGGCGGGCUAAGUAGUGGGUCCUGAUCUGGUGUGGUCCCCGGUUAAUUACGUCACACUCUUUCGCGGGAGAAAUUCGAAAGUGGAUUUGUGCAAUGGGACAGGUGGUAUAAGUAGUUGAGUAACCGCUGAGUAUUUGCUGGAUCUGACUGGUUUAUAACUUCAGAAGAAACAAUGGAAAGCCAAGAAUUUAUUGUACUUUAUACUCACCAGAAGACGAAGAAGUCAAAAGUGUGGCAAGAUGGAAUUCUGAAGAUCACCCACUUAGGAAACAAAGCAAUUUUAUAUAAUGACAAAGGAGAUUGUCUGGACAGCAUAUUUCUUAAGCACCUUGAGGUGAAACCUGGAGAUGACUUAGAAAGCGAUCGAUUCUUAAUUACAGUUGAAGAGGUUAAAGUUGCUGGAAGCAUAGCUCCUAAGCAGAAUGUUGUCAAAGAAGCAGCAGAGUUAAAUUCAAGGAGGUUUCUCUCUUCUGGCCAGUCCCUUGGAUGUCAGCCUUCUGGUUUAAAAAGGAAGUUUCCUGGCUUUCAAUUACCACGUCCAGUGCCAAAGAAAAUGGUUACUACAGAAAAUGGUCAACCUGCUAUAUCACUUGAGGCUCAGAAAUCUGGUCCAACUUUUCUUUCUCCAUUCUACAGCACAUCUCCUUUGUUUUCUACUGCUGGCAAGAAAGAUACAAAAAAUAUAUCAACAGACCCUGAGAACAUUGUUGUUUACAAGAACAGAGAGAGAAGCGGCAUGCCUUCUUCUUCAGUUGUCUCUACCCCAUCCUUUAAGGUUAACCCGGAAGUGCUAUGUGCAGAGAAUUAUUUUUGCUCUCCUAUCAACUCUGUAAGUAAGCAUUCAGACUCUACACUGGCAAAUAAGCCCACGAAAAGAGAUAGUUUGGCAUCUCACUGUUUAGGAAUUUCUCAAAACGUCAGGAGCAGAGCACAGAUAUUGGCUCUUCUGAAGUCUAAAUCAACUAGUACAUAUAAAGAACUAAAUUCUGAGAUUACAGAACAUUUUACACAGAUACAUCCACAAGAAAGUUUAAAAAUUCCUACUAAACCAAAGUGCCUAGUUGAACAAGAAAAGUGUGCUGAGGUGAAGAGCACAGAACGGUUACACUACCAGCAUCAAUCAGAAAAUAUCGUAAGAAAUAAAAGCCGAUGGACCGUGUAUUUAUCCUCACAGAGCUCACCUAUACAUUCUUCUUAUAUGAAUGGAAGUGAUGUAGAAAGGAAACCCAAGGCCCAGGGAGAUGAAAUAAAUACAAAUAUGAAAGACCUUUUGGUACAAAAGAAGGUACAGUUCUUUGAAACAUAUGCUGAAAUGGGGGAAAAGUAUAAUGAAGACAAGCAAGUAGCUAAUGAUCCAUCCUCCUGGGAUCAGGAAAUAAAUUUUGAAAUUCCUUCAUCCUGUGAAAGCUUCAGCUUACCAGUUACAUAUAGCAAUGCAGAAUAUGCAGAGGUCCAAGGAAAUGAUAAAAUAUCUUUUAAUCAUAAUGACCAGGUGUGCAUGAAAGGACCAAAUCUUAAUGGAGAAAAUGUUCAGGAGGUAAAUACAUGUGGAACACCAGAAAGAGAGUAUAAACAACCAGUGUCUUCUCUGCCAGAAGUGGAGCAUCUACAAAUUGAAUCUUCUCUAAGUAACAAUUUUAGUAUCUCUGAUGAUAGUACAGACGUGUUUUCUAACAGUAGUGCUAAUAAUGAAGGAAUUAAUGGUAUUAAUGAACCUAUGAGUAAUGCAACACAGCCAUUUUUGGAAAUAACUUUUGAUCUGAACAAUUUUGAGACCAGUGACACGGAGGAGGAAUCACAGGAAAGCAGCAAAAUUUCCCAGGAUUCAGAGCAUAACGGUAAUUCGUGUGUGCAGAAGAGAUGUGAGGACAUAAGCUGUAAGGAAAUUGGCAGUGAACAUUUGCCUCUCUUAACGUCUUUUGGUGGCAAAGCUAUGAAGCCGUUACCUAUUAAAGAGACUCUGCCAUCACAGUUUAGCGCUAGAACUUGUGUAGAAUUUGACACGGGACCUUGUAAAGCUGAAAACACUGGAAAAGAAAUAGAGGACUAUAAUGACACAUUAAGUAACUUUGACUCAUCUUUAGAGUGGACCAAUGAUAUAUGCGUAGAUAAUAAUGACGAUGCUAAUAAGUCUAUCCAUAAAGUCAAAACUGGCUAUGAUUUCGCUUUACUCGCAAAUAAAUCUAAAGGCAUAAGAACAAAUUUACAUACUCAUCAGUUUUUAGGCAAGGCCACUAAUCAGACUCCUGAAAACACUAGCCUGUUUUCAGAAGACCUUCAGCCUCAGCCUUUUAUUUUGGGAAGUGACUUGGACAAAAAUGAUGAACAGGUUUUAUCAUCACCCUCUAGUAAUGACAACAGUAUCCAGCUAUUAAAUACCAAUCAACAACAUUCUGAAUAUAUUGCACUUGAUAAAUCAAAUACCCAAGUUUCCAAUUCUUCGUUUCACCCUCUGGGAAAUAAGCAUUCUAUUUCCAAAGAACCAGAAGCACGUAGUCCUAUGUAUGAAAAUUCAGGAAGGAUUGAGAGUUUGCCCCGUGAACACAUUGAGAUAGAAAGUGUUGGAGAUUGCAAACAAUAUCACAGUAAUCAUGGAAAUUCUUCAGAACAUUCUGGAUUAGUAAAUAACAUUUCCCUAUUAAGGUCUCUGUCUGAACACAGUACAGCUUUAGAAAGCUUGGAAGUACUGAAAAAGAAAAAUACAUCUUCUAAACAACGAGAAACUCAGCAGACAUGUGCGCCAGAUAGCAGUCCUGAAGCUUGGAAACCACUUACUACAGUAGUUUCACAAGCUAUACCAAAGUUUCCUCGUCUGAACCAGGAUUCUCCUCAACAGAUGCUGAAAGAAAGUGAAGUUGAACUGAAUGAGCCACUUGAGUCCUUGCAGUUCUUUACCUUGGGAAGUGAAGAAAAGAAUCCUUUUCUAGCUGUUAUUCCUAAACAAAUAGAGACCAGUAACCCUAAGCUUGUUGAGUUUCAAGGGCACCAAGUGAAAGGAUCAGCUACUAGUGCUGUGAUGGUCAGAGGACACAGCUCACAGCUAGGAUGCAGUCUGUUUCCAGAUAGCAUUGAGCAUGAAAACUUCAUGACAGACUCUUGUUUUCCAACUUCAAAUUGCAUGCAGAUUGACUUCUUGCAGUUCCCAGAUAAAGAAAACUUUAAUAUUGAAGACAAUUUUCUAAAGAUAGCAGAAUCUGAUAAGGACACCACUGAAAACAAUUCAAUUUUAGGUUUCCUUCCUAAAGAUGCAGAACAUUCAGAAUAUCAUUAUUUGGAUUAUAAUUUCAAAUCAGCAGAGAGGACUGUGUGGGAAGCCAAUAAGGUGACAUCACCAGAACAAAAGAUCUCUACAUUAAGUCCUGUUUCUACUUUUUCUCUGACCUCAAGAGAUGAAGAUUUCUUGCUAGAAUUCUCCGAGGCGGCCCUGAAAGCAAGAACUUUUCCUGGUGAUUUUCACUUUCUCACCUUGGAAGGAAUGAAAAAAGCCGUUUCUCUGGAGAAGAAGAACCUUCAAAGGCUUCCAUUAGUAAGUAGAAUGCGAGUUCCACUUAUUACUUUGCCACCUGCUGAUGGGCCACCUGACUUAGAUUCUUGCUCACAUGUGAUUAACUGUGACACGCAAAAGUCCUCUCGUUCCCCUGUAUUCAACUUGUGUGAAGAGUCAGCAUUUCUUUCUUUUGGCUUUGAGUCCAAGGACCAAAGUGAAACUUUUUUCUUUGAAGAAUCUGGGGAAGAGAUCACAGGGGAUGUUUCACCUCUCAGUAAUAUAUCUACCAAAAGCAAGUGGCUGAAAUAUCAGAACAUACCCCAGUGUGACUUCGCUGCUCCAGACAAAGUUGAUAAGAAAGUAAGAGAUGGCUUCUUUGCUGAGGCUGUCUCUGGGAUGCAUUUUAGUGACACAGGCGAAAGGCAGAGCAAUGCUAUGAAUAAAAGCUCUUCAGACUCUGUGCAUUUGCAAAUGAUAAAAGGCAUGCUCUAUCAACAGCAGCAGGAUUUUAGCAGUCAAGAUUUGGUUUCCAGAAAGAUGGCGCUCUCUCUGAAUUUAGAGCAGGCUUCCAAGACUGAAGAAGUUCAAAAUGUGUUAGGAGAGUCUGCCUGCUACAGCUACAGUGUACCAGGCCAUCCGCAGGAGAUAAAUGCCUCUGAGCUAUCAUUCCCAAGUGGACAGAAAAUAAAAUCUGCUUGUCUUCCCCAAAGGCAUAUUCACAUACCAGCUGUUUUUCAGUCUCCUGCUCAUUAUAAGCAGAUUUUUACAUCUUGCCUCAUAGAACAUCUAAAUAUAUUGCUGUUUGUGUUGUCACAAAGGUUGUAUAAAGCUCUUUCAAAAGUUGACAUAUCAUUUUACACAUCUUCAAAAGAAGAGAAACAAAAAAAUGUAGAAAAUAAUGUGCCAUCCUGCCAUCAUCAUCAACCUGCAAAACUUGUCAUGGUUAAAAAAGAAGGUCCAAAUAAGGGUCGGCUUUUUUAUGCCUGUGAUGGACCCAAAGCUGACCGAUGUAAAUUUUUCAAGUGGCUUGAAGAAGUGUCUCCAGGAUAUUCGACACAAGCAGAAUCUCGACCCAGCAUGGUUUUAAGUGAUAUAAAGAGUAUUGGCUUGUAUUUAAGAAGUCAGAAGAUACCACUGUAUGAGGAGUGCCAGCUUUUGGUGAGAAAAGGAUACGAUUUUCAGGGAAAACGGUAUGGCAAACUAAAAAAGUUUACUACUGUAAAUCCUGAAUUUUAUGAUGAACCUAAAAGCAAACUGUAUCUUAAGCUGAGUAGGAAGGAAAGUUCUUCGACGUACAGCAAAGAUGAUCUUUGGGUGGUUUCAAAAACCCUGGACUUUGAACUAGAUACCUUUAUUGCGUGUAGUGCUUUCUUUGGACCAUCAUCUAUCAAUGAGGUAGAGCUACUGCCUUUGAAAGGGUAUUUUCCUUCAAACUGGCCCACUAACACAGUGGUCCAUGCAUUACUGGUUUGUAAUGCUAGCACAGAGCUAACCACUUUGAAAAACAUUCAGAGCUACUUUAAUCCAGCUACUCUACCUCUAACACCGCACCUGUUAACAAUGUCUUCACCAACUACAGUUAACAAGAGAGUCAAUAAAAGAAAAUUUAUUCCACCAGCCUUCAUAAAUACCAACACAAAAUUUGAACUAAGCCCUGGAACAUCAUUGCAGUUAGCUAGUGAGUUAAUUCAGGUACACAAGUUAAACAAGGACCAAGCUACAGCUCUGAUUCAAAUAGCUCACAUGAUGAUAUCACACGACAGUGCUAAAGUACAGGAACUACGAACCCAUACCCUCCCUAUCACAAUCAUACAUGGUGUCUUUGGAGCAGGAAAGAGUUAUUUGCUGGCAGUAGUUAUUUUAUUCUUUGUACAGCUAUUUGAAAAGAGUGAAGCUUCUACAGAUGGAAAUGCAAGACCAUGGAAAGUUCUGAUUUCUUCUUCCACUAAUGUAGCUGUUGACAGAGUACUUCUUGGGCUUCGCAGUCUUGGAUUUGAAAAGUUUGUCAGAGUUGGGAGUGUUAGGAAGAUUGCCAAGCCAAUUUUACCUUAUAGCUUGCAUGCUGGCUCAGAAAAUGAAAGUGAACAGUUAAAAGAACUACAUGCACUAAUGAGAGAAGAGCUGACUCCAGUGGAAAAAGUUUAUGUGAGAAAAAGUAUUGAGCAGCAUAAACUGGGAACCAACAGAACUCUGCUGAAGCAGGUUCGAGUCGUUGGAGUUACCUGUGCAGCCUGCCCAUUCCCGUGCUUGAAUGAUCUUAAGUUUCCUGUAGUUGUGCUGGAUGAGUGCAGUCAAAUAACUGAACCGGCUUCUCUCCUUCCCAUUGCAAGGUUUGAAUGUGAAAAGCUGAUUCUUGUUGGGGAUCCCAAACAGCUGCCUCCUACUAUUCAGGGUUCUGAUGCUGCUCAUGAAAAUGGAUUGGAACAAACUCUUUUUGAUCGACUUUGCUUAAUGGGUCACAAGCCAGUUCUCCUCAGAACCCAAUACCGUUGUCACCCUGCAAUCAGUACUAUUGCUAAUGAUCUGUUCUAUGAUGGAAACCUCAUGAAUGGUGUUUCAGAAACAGAGAGGAGCCCUUUAUUGGAAUGGCUGCCAACCCUGUGUUUCUACAAUGUCAAAGGACUUGAACAGAUUGAAAGAGAUAACAGCUUUCAUAAUAUGGCAGAAGCUGCUUUUACACUCAAGCUGAUUCAAUCACUGAUUGCAAGUGGAAUAGCAGGCUCUAUGAUUGGGGUGAUAACAUUAUACAAAUCCCAGAUGUACAAGCUUUGUCAUUUACUCAGUGCUGUGGACUUUGACCAUUCCAAUAUUAAAGCUGUCCAGGUGUCUACAGUGGAUGCUUUUCAAGGAGCUGAAAAGGAGAUCAUUAUUCUGUCCUGUGUAAGGACAAGACAAGUAGGAUUCAUUGAUUCAGAAAAAAGAAUGAAUGUUGCAUUGACCAGAGGAAGGAGGCAUUUAUUGAUUGUGGGAAAUUUAGCCUGUUUGAGGAAAAAUCGGCUAUGGGGGCGCGUGAUCCAACACUGUGAAGGAAGAGAAGAUGGAUUGCAACAUGCAAGCCAGUGUGAACCACAGCUGAACCAUCUCCUUAAAGAUUAUUUACAAAAACAAGCAGAAGAAAAACAGAAGAAAAAGAGUGAAAAAGAGAAAUCUCAAAGUAAAUCUCUUUCACAAAAAGACACUGUGUAGACAUUAUGUAUUUAUGUAAAUUCAAAUUCAUUUUACAACCUAUAUUUUUUAUAUUUUUCUUACCCUAAAACCUUUGUUAUGGAAAAAAAAAGCUUGAUCUUGAUGAUAUUUUAGUAACACAUUAAAUAAGUUCAGCCAAAAAGUUUUCGUAUUCAAAAAAGUAUGAAUUAUUUAUAGUAAGAUAGGCAGAUGUUGAAGUGAAUAUAAAAUCUUAACUAAUAAAAAUAAUUUUUUUCUUAAACCCAUGCCGUCUGCUUGCUAAAGAAAUGCAUUUUACAAAGGACAGGCUAAAGCCUUCUUGAGGAAUACCAACAUUACUUCAAAAUGUGUAAAUAUCUCAAAAGCUCAUCUAUUAGAAUAUACCUGCACAGUCAGUUAUACCAACCUACUCCUUUCUGAACUAUAACUCUGUAUUUUAAAAAUAAAUAUAAUUCUAUCCUAUUUUAUAAAUAAAAACAUAUUCAAAGUAAAACUUUUAAGAAGUACAAAAGAGAAGAAGGAAGAAAAACACCCAAAGUCUACACGUGGAAAGAACAGUGUUCAACACCCUUCAGUGGCCAAUGCCCAGCACAAUACCUGGUAUGUUAAAAAAAA